AUGACCACCAGAUCCACCAACGGCCUCCCGUGGAGCGAAGAGAGACUGAGAGUUUCCCCUCCAUAUUACAGGGUUCCAGCGGACCAAACUAGAGGUGAUCCAUUUGAAACUCCCUCCAAAGAAGCUUUCUCCAACGUAUCAAUCAUCAAUCUCUCCACAAAGUCUCUGUAUGCUGUGCAGCUUCAUCCUGUCCUGAUGGGGAGUGUGGUACACUUGUACUUGACAGUGGCGUUCAAGGACACAUGGGCACCUGAGGAGGAGACCGUUCAAUGGGGUAUGCUUCCAAUGCCCACACAAGAAAGUAUUGAUGAUUUCCAAGCAGUUGGGGGAGGUUUCUCCUGGGACCAGCAGCAGAUUGUGGAAAGAAUCUAUUCUCAGGCCCCCUUCCAUAUUUUAGGUGAGCCAAUUCAGCAACAAGCUCCAGGGACCUGGCUUAGAUUGGAACAUGAACUAGUUGUGAGACAAUGGAUGAUUGAAGGAUAUGAUUUGAUGAUCAGGGGAAAUGGUUUGGCAAUGUAUAUGAGGAUUUACUGCGGUAGCAAAGUGCUGCCUUGGAUACUGAAGGGUUUUGGUCUCUGGCUUGUAGAGCUUGAUGGCUACCUUAGAAACUAUGUGUCACGAACCAUGUUGUAA